AUGGUACACCAGAUUUGGACGUAUAAAAAUAUCUUUCCACAUCAUUCACUGUUGGUAACUGCCGUAGGCCAUCAUAAAUUGCGAACAAUGGGUAAGGAAAAAACUCAUAUUAACAUAGUCGUUAUUGGGCAUGUCGAUUCGGGCAAAUCAACGACAACUGGUCAUUUGAUUUACAAAUGUGGUGGAAUUGACAAACGAACCAUCGAAAAAUUUGAGAAAGAAGCUCAGGAGAUGGGCAAAGGUUCCUUUAAAUAUGCCUGGGUGUUGGAUAAGUUAAAGGCCGAACGUGAACGUGGUAUUACGAUCGACAUUGCUUUAUGGAAAUUUGAGACCGCUAAAUAUUACGUCACCAUUAUUGAUGCACCGGGGCAUCGUGAUUUCAUCAAGAACAUGAUUACGGGCACUUCCCAAGCGGAUUGUGCUGUGUUAGUCGUUGCAUGUGGCACUGGCGAGUUCGAAUCUGGUAUUUCCAAGGAUGGUCAAACUCGGGAACAUGCUUUGUUGGCUCAAACUCUCGGUGUAAAACAACUAAUUGUUGCAUGUAAUAAGAUGGACUCUACUGAACCACCAUACUCCGAAACACGUUUUAAUGAAGUUACGACCGAAGUUUCGAGUUACAUUAAGAAAAUUGGUUACAAUCCGAAAGCUGUUGCAUUCGUGCCCAUCUCAGGCUUCAAUGGCGACAACAUGUUAGAGCCAUCACCCAACAUGUCCUGGUUUAAAGGAUGGAGUGUGGAGAGAAAAGAGGGGCCUGCUUCUGGGAAAACACUUUUGGAAGCGUUGGACUCAGUUGUACCACCAUCACGACCUACCGACAAACCUUUAAGAUUGCCUUUACAAGAUGUUUAUAAAAUUGGAGGUAUCGGGACAGUACCGGUUGGUCGUGUUGAGACUGGUAUUCUUAAGCCUGGAAUGUUGGUUACAUUCGCACCUCAAAAUCUAACUACUGAGGUAAAGUCUGUUGAGAUGCAUCACGAAGCAUUGCAAGAAGCACUCCCAGGAGACAACGUGGGCUUCAACAUCAAGAACGUGGCUGUAAAGGAUAUUCGGCGUGGGUCGGUUGCGUCUGAUUCGAAAAAUGAUCCUGCAAAGGAAACAAAACAGUUCACCGCUCAAGUCAUCAUCAUGAAUCAUCCGGGUGAAAUUGCUGCAGGAUAUACUCCCGUUCUCGAUUGCCACACGGCUCACAUUGCUUGCAAAUUUGCGGAACUUAAAGAGAAAGUUGAUAGGCGAUCUGGAAAGAAGGUUGAAGACAAUCCAAAAGUAAGGUUCUUGAAAUCAGGCGAUGCUGGAAUCAUUGAUCUGAUCCCAACUAAACCUAUGUGCGUAGAGACCUUCACGGAAUAUCCACCACUUGGGCGAUUUGCUGUACGUGAUAUGAGACAAACAGUGGCAGUCGGCGUUAUCAAAGGUGUCGAAAAGACUGAAGGUGGUGCUGGGAAAGUCACAAAAGCAGCUCAGAAAGCCGGAGCUGGGGCAGGGAAGAAAAAAUAA